CCGCAAGAACAACAAUUCCAGCCACAAAGGAAUGAGACUGAGCAUAAACUUUCUAACUUGGAGAAGACACUCGAGCAAUUCAUUCAAGUGACUGCGGUGAGAGAUCAAUCAACGCAGUCGAGUAUUCAAGAAACGCUGUCGAGUAUUCAAGAAACGCAGUCGAGUAUUCGAGAAACACAGUCAAGUAUUCAAGACAUGCAAAUUCAGUUGGGGCAGCUCGCAAAGGCCGUUUCUGAGAGGCCUAUGGGAUCCCUCCCGAGCAACACCGAACCAAAUCCAAGAGAGCAAGUUCACGCAAUCACACUGAGGAGUGGACGAGAUCUGGAACCUGCUGCCAUGAAGAAGAAAGUUGAAGACGUUGAACCUGCUGCAGUUGUUCUUGAGGAGAAGAAGGAAGAAGAAAAGAAAGAGGAGGAGGGGGGCGCAGUCCCAAAGCAACCCGUUCCAGUCAAAGCUUACAAACCACCACUCACAUACCCGCAACGCUUAAAGGGGAAGAGUGACACUGAGGACUUCAACAAGUUUCUAAACCUCUUUAAACAGGUUCAAGUAAACGUACCAUUUAUGGAGGCGCUGAAUCAAAUGCCAAGGUACGCAAAGUUUAUGAAGGAACUCCUUUCCAACAAAAGAAAGUGGGGAGAACCGAAAUCGGUGGUGCUGAAUGAAGAAUGCUCGGCGGUGGUGUUGAAAGAGAUGCCCAAAAAGCUCAAGGACCCAGGUAAGUUUACUAUCCAUUGUUCCAUAGGAUGUAUGAUUUCUAAUAAUGCGUUAGCUGAUUUGGGUGCAAGCAUUAAUUUGAUGCCUUACUCUUUGUAUGAGAAGCUUGCACUCGGUCCACUUAAACCAACACGUAUGUGCAUACAAUUGGCUGAUCGAUCAGUUAAAUACCCUCAAGGGCUGAAGACGUAUUGGUUAAAGUGGACAAGUUUGUGAUUCCGGUUGACUUUGUUGUUUUGGAUAUGCCCCAAGAUUUUGAUGUGCCCUUGAUUCUUGGAAGGCCUUUUCUAGCCACUGCUCGGGCACUCAUAGAUGUUGGGGAAGGGAAAUUGAUUUUGAGGGUUGGGGAGGAGAGAGUUACUUUUUGCAUGGCCAAGCUGGCAAAACAGUCCUGUCAAGAUGUUAAUGAGUGCUUUUUGUUAGAUGCCAUUGAUCCACCUGGAGAGGAGGGAAGAAACCCCCACCUUUUAAAGAGACUGAUUUUGACCCAUUCUUUGAUAAAGGACCUCAUAAAGGCCUAGACUCAUUCCUGUGCUUUACAAGUGGCCCUAAGAUGCACAAUUGUUUUCAUGAAUUUAAGGUUUUACGCCAUCUCAGGGCAUUUGUUGAUAGGAGGUUUGAUUUGUGGAAGACUAAUUUUCUGAGCGGGGGUGUCUUUGACUGAGUUUUUGAUGAGGCGGUUGCGUCGGGCAAACGACGUUAAAAAUAGCGCUUCUCGGGAGGCAACCCGAGCUUUUUUUUCUGCUUUUGUUUUUGCUUUUGCCUUCUUUGUUUUUUGGUUGUUUUGCUUUGUGUUUUUGUUGCAGGUCAGGGUCUUGUUGUAGGGAUGAUGUACCGAGGAUCAUUGACUCCGUUUAGUUCUUCACCGACCAGCACCUUAGGGAAGUUUCUGCGACUCUUAUUUUUGCCUGUUUUGUAAAUGUUGACUUGAGUUAAGAUUGAGCACGCGUGACCCUAUCCUCUUUACCCCCUUGUGCAUAGUGCAUUUUUGGUCAUCGAGGACGAUGCCAAAGUUUAAGUGUGGGGGAGUGAAUUGGGCAUUCGGGCAGUAGUUGUUACAUGUGAUUAAUUAGAGUUAGCAUGCGCAGGUGUUAGUUGUAUAUUCAUAGGAAAUUCGUGUCAAAAUUUUUGAAAAUUUUUCUUUAAACUGUGUCUUUGUGAAGUGGCUAGCAUUUGACUAUGCUUUUAUAACAUCUUUGAAGUGUUUAGACUUAAUUUGCUUGCACUAUAAUCUGGUUGUUGAAAGGAUGAAGGCAUUAGUCACUCAUGUAAUGAAUUAACAAUUUUCCCAUUGACCUGAAUAAGUUCCUUUAGGAGAAGCCAUUUUGAGCCUGACCGUUCUUUGUUACCCAAUUAAUUGAGCUCCAUAGCCAAAUGGUCUGUGUUUCCUUACCUGGAAUAUUUCUGACUUAGUCUUGAUGUUUAGGGAACUAGGGGAUUAAUUUGCAAAGUUUAGGGAAUUUGUGUAGGAGCCAUUUUGGCACUGUUCCUAUGCCCCAAAUGGGGUAAGAGCAGUCAUCUUUUAGGAAUAUGAUACUUUCGAGGAUUGCAUUGUAGGCAUGGAUUCACUUUGAAAUUAAUGAACUUUAAUUGCUAUUUUUCCUUGGUGAGGCCGAGAUUAGAAUGAGGUAAUGUCUAGUGAGAAUCCGAAAGGUGAAAAAUUAAUAUAGCUAGACCUCUUAUCUUGCGAAAAAGAGAAUGGGAGUCCCGGUCAAAAAGCGUAAGAUGAGACUUGGGUAUCUUUCGACAGAAAUGGCGUUCUCGUGCCAACACGACAAGGAAAACUAAACAUAAUUAAUGAAUUUGGAGGCUAUCUCAAAAUUUAGCUUUAGUCCUCCGCGUACUUCAAGUAUACGUCAAAGCACAAAUGUGCCGAGACGGUUUAGCUUAGUUGUACACCAUGUCUACUCUUUGCAUAGGUUUAAAUGAUUGUUCCUAAAUUGUGGCCUACUGAGUUCCUUGAUCCUAAGAAUAGCCCUGAAGUUCCUGAAUGCAUUGAGUCUUUGUUAGAAUAUUCCAAUCUCUCAAAAGAAAGGGAUUGUUUAUUACCAUUCAUCAUUCACCAUCACCUUCACAAGUCCUUCUGAUCAAUAGCUAGUUUAUUUGUGUAUGAUGUCAUUACUCUAAGGAUGUUGUGAAUACUUUGUCAAAUAGUUUAGCUUGAGUACAAAGAUGUAGUUUAGGGAAGAAUUUUCUUGGUUUAGUCUGCCUGUUCUGUGAAUAUUCCUUUAACUACGUGUGCAUGCUAAUUGUUUUGAUUCCGUGUGGUGAUUAUCGUAAGUCCCGUUGUUUAGUUUGCUUGAGGACAAGCAAAGGCUUAAGUGUGGGGGAAUCUGAUAAGUCCGUAUUUAGACACGCAUUUGAUGCGUGUUGGGAUCGGCUUUUGAUGGUUUUCCUAGCUUUAAGGUGUUACAAAUCUCAAUUUUAGCUCAAGUUAUGUUUAACAGGCGUUGGUUCGAGUUUUGUGUCAUUUGGAGUCAAAAUCAGGAUUUUAGAGUUCAACAUCGGCACUUGAGGAGCAAUCGGGAUGAUUCAAGAUGCAUUUGAGUGUUGAUUUGAGAGCUAUGGAGGUCACCGGUAGGUUUACGAUGAAGAUUUAAUGACAAAAGAGCUCUAGGAUUGGCUAUGAGAUCAAAAAGAAGAUGAAUGAAGCUUGAAAACGGCAUUCAGGAUGACCUUUGGUCAAUCGUUCAAGCAUAUCUCUUUGUAUAAGCAUCCAAAGAACACGAUUCAAAGUCCACAUGAAAGCCAACUUCAAGAGCUACAAAUCAUAUGAAGACAUCAUUCCUAGAAUCGGAGAGGAAGAAGAUGAAAACAGACGAUGAAGACAGAUGAUCUCUGCUGCGAUCUCAGAAUGACACCUUCCACCGUUGUGAUCAUAUCUCUUGAUUGGAUGAUUCAAAUCACAUUCGGCAAAUUGGGGUGGAUAGAAGACUUCAUUAUCUACAACUUUCAUGAAGAAAGUUUUGUCAAAUUCGGAAGUUUUACGCACUCCGUGCGUAGGGGAACGCACGACCGUGCGUCUGAGGCGAGAAAAGCAAGGUAGCUACUGCCAGCUACGCACGGCCGUGCGUAGGGGGGACGCACGCCGUGCGUAGCACCAGGUGACGCAAGCUUGAAUCCCAAAUCGGCCCGAAUUCAUAUUUUCCCCCCUUUUUCUAUAAAUAAGGCCUCUCUAACCCUUUUGGAUGGUGACGAACAUUACGGAGAGGCCUAGGGACGAAUUUACUUGCGUUUUUACGAUUGUUUACUCCAAGACCCUGGGAUUAUUUUUUCAGGUAGGGGCUAAAGCUUGCUAUCAUCGUCCGUUGCUUCGGGAAGCUAAAGGAGAGAAGACGUGGUUCGUGCUUCCUCCGUAUCUGUUUUCAAAACAAUAUUAUUAAAUGCUCAUGGAUAUUAUUUUCGGAAUAAUUAUUUGGGGGCUUGUAUGCCCGUGUUUGCCACGUGUGGCUUGAAUACUUGUAUUAAUAUUUCCGCUACUUAAUUAAAUAUUUUACAUUAUGAUUGUUU